CACGUACGUGUGCACGCCGGGACCCCCACCCUCUUCCCAGGGACCCCUGCCCGCCGUGACUCGCCUCUGCGACCCCUCCCCGUGAUUUCGGAAACAUGGAGGAGCUGAGUCAAGCCCUAGCAAGCAGUUUUUCAGUCUCCCAAGACCUGAACAGCCCCUCGGCACCUCACCCUCGCCUGUCACAGUACAAGUCCAAGUACAGCUCCUUGGAACAGGGUGAAAGGCGCCGGAAACUCCUGGAGCUUCAGAAGUCCAAGCGACUAGACUAUGUGAAUCAUGCCAGGAGAUUGGCCGAGGAUGACUGGACGGGGAUGGAUAAUGAAGACGAUAAAGAAGAGGAAGGGAUGGAUGUUGACACUGGCAAGAAGCUGCCAAGGCGCUAUGCUAACCAGUUGAUGCUGUCCGAGUGGCUGAUUGACGUCCCUUCAGAUCUGGGGCAGGAGUGGAUUGUGGUGGUGUGUCCCGUGGGGAAAAGAGCUCUUGUUGUGGCCUCCAAGGGUUUCACUACGGCCUACACCAAGAGCGGAUACUGUGUCAACAGGUUUCCUUCCCUGCUUCCUGGAGGCAACAAGCGCACCUCAUCCACGGGGAAAGACUACACAAUCCUGGAUUGCAUCUACAGUGAACCGAACCAGACCUACUAUGUUCUAGAUGUGAUGUGCUGGAGGGGACACCCUGUCUAUGACUGCCAGACUGAUUUUAGAUUCUACUGGAUGCAUUCAAAGUUACCAGAAGAGCAAGGACUUGGAGAGAAAACCAGGCUUAAUCCAUUUAAAUUUGUAGGCCUAAAGAAUUUCCCAUGUACCCCAGAGAGCCUAUGCAAGGUCUUAUCUACUGACUUCCCUUUUGAGGUAGAUGGGCUCCUUUUCUAUCACAAGCAGACGCAUUAUAGCCCAGGCAGCACUCCGUUGGUUGGCUGGCUUCGCCCGUACAUGGUGUCUGAUGUCCUCGGCAUGACAGUACCAGCUGGCCCUCUGACCACCAAGCCCGACUAUGCUGUCCAUCAGCUCCAGCAGAUCAUCGAACACAAGAAGAGUAAAAAGGAAGCCAAUGAAACGAAUCUUGAUGAGGCUUCUGAGAAUGGACGCUAUGAACUGGAGUACCUGUCCACCCCAAAGCUGGCAGAUGCUCCCAGAAGCCAGAAUGAAGCCACGAGCCUCAUGGAGAACUGAUGAGCUCCUUUGUCCAAGGGACCAAGAGGAACCACAUGCCCUCAUCCCUCUGUGAACUCUUCCCACCAUCACUUGUUGCUCACCUGAAGGGAUGAGCCUGAGGCCUGGAGACAAGACCCGAGACCGCCCCAUUCUGUCAGACACACUCGAGCAUCGAAAGCCUGAGCUGAGACCCCCCCCCCCCCCAUUCCCUGGCAAGGAGAGAGAUGUUCCCAGGAUGGAGAGUGCUGCCUGGCAAGACCUUAUGGCGAUUUCCCCAAGCAGACGGUGUUCAGGUUGAGUUGAGCAAUUUUAACCACUAAAAGUGUAUCUCAGACAUGCUGUGUAAACGUAUGGAAUUUCUAAGAACUGAGUCGUUUGUGAUUUUUGUGCCUCAGUAUAGCUGUGGACCUCCCCACCCUAAUCAGGGGUGCUUGGGUCAGCCAUUUGCCCUGAAGGGUUGUGCCUUGUUUUCUCAGGGAUGGCAUUAUCACACUAGGUCUUAAACAGCUGCAUUUGAGAACUCGCGUUUCUGCAGCUAGGAGAUGUAGAAAAUUUUUAUGAGGCCAGGGUUCUUGGUCUCUGCGUUAGCUCUACCUUCUGAGAAGGAAAGAAUGAUUUUCAUCCCUUUGGACAUUACUGUAAGAUAAAAUUUCCUUUUAACUGAUGAAAGUUUAUGAAACUGA